CCAGUGAAGCCCAGGAUGAGAGAGGGUGGUGGCAGCCAUGCUGCGGGGUGGCCGGAAGUGGGGCCAGACAGGCAGGCGGAGCCUCACCUGGGGCCACCUGCUGGGACAGGCCCGACUAGGCCGCUGAGCACCCAGGGAGGAGGAGGAAGACGGGCGGAGAAGGAGCGUUGGCACCAUCGGCUGAGGGGCCUGCCGGGACCUGGAGGUGGUGACCUCACAGCGCGACGUCCUGGGAGGGAGAUGGCUGCCCACGUGCCACUGCAGACAGCAUUGUUCCUGCUGUGUCUGCUCUUCCUGGGCCGAGGUGUCCAUGGUGGGGGUCUUCGGGAAGACUUCCGCUUCUGUGGCCAGAGGAACCAGACACGGGGCAGCAGGAUCCAGUACGAGCAGAUAUCACAGAAGCACAUCUUCAUCAGAAACUCUGAGGAGGCCCUCACGGUUCACGCCCCCUUCCCGGCAGCCCCCAAGGCUUCCCAAGCUUUCCCAGAGCCCAGGGGCCUCUACCACUUCUGCCUGUACUGGAACCGCCACGCGGGGAAGCUGCACCUGCGCUAUGGCAGGCUCGACUACCUGCUGAGUGACAGGGCCUCUGACCUCCUCUGCUUCCGGCACCAGGAGAGUCUGGCCCAGGGGCGCCCGCUGCUUGCCACAUCCGUCAGCUCCUGGUGGAGCCCGCGGAACACCAGCCUGCCAAGUGCUUCUGGCUUUACCUUCUUCUUCCAUGAUCCUCCCCAGAAGGCCUCCCACAAUGCUUCGGUGGACAUGUGUGAGCUGAAAAGGGACCUCCAGCUGCUGAGCCAGCUCCUGCAGCAUCCCCGGAAGGCCUCACGGAGGCCGCCGUCCACCCAUGCCAGCCAGCAGCUGCAGAGCCUGGAGUCAAAGCUGAGCUCUGUAAGAUUCUCGGGGGACACGGUAUCCUUCGAGGAGGACCGGGUCAACGCCACCGUGUGGAAGCUCCCGCCCACAGCCAGCCUCCAGGACCUGAGCAUCCACUCCCGGCCGCAGGAGGAGCAGGGCGAGGUCCUGGAGUACUCGGUGCUGCUGCCCCGCGCGCUCUUCCAGAGGGCCAAAGGCCGGAGGGGCGAGGCCGAGAAGAGACUCCUCCUGGUGGACUUCAGCAGCCAGGCCCUGUUCCAGGACAAGAAUUCCAGCCAAGUGUUGGGUGAGAAGGUCUUGGGCAUUAUUGUGCAGAACACCAAAGUGGCCAACCUCUCAGAGCCUGUGGUGCUCACCUUCCAGCACCAGCCUCAGCCGAAGAACGUGACUCUGCAAUGUGUCUUCUGGGUUGAAGACCCGACCUUGAGCAGCCCUGGGAGCUGGAGCAGCGCCGGGUGCGAGACCAUCAAGAAAGAGACCCAGACAUCCUGCCUGUGCGACCACCUGACCUACUUUGCAGUUCUCAUGGUCUCCUCGGUGGAGGUGGACGCUGUCCACAAGCACUACCUGACCCUCCUCUCCUACGUGGGCUGCGUCGUCUCUGCCCUGGCCUGCGUCCUCACCAUCGCCGCCUACCUGUUCUCCAGGAGGAAGCCUCGCGAUUACACCAUCAAGGUGCACAUGAACCUGCUGCUGGACGUCUUCCUGCUGGACGUGAGCUUCCUGCUCAGCGAGCCAGUGGCGCUGACGGGCUCUGAGGCCGGCUGCCGCGCCAGCGCCAUCCUCCUGCACUUCUCCCUGCUCGCCUGCCUCUCCUGGAUGGGCCUCGAGGGCUACAAUCUCUACCGCCUUGUGGUUGAGGUCUUUGGCACCUACGUCCCCGGCUAUCUGCUCAAGCUCAGCAUCGUGGGCUGGGGCUUCCCCAUCUUCCUGGUGACGCUGGUGGCGCUGGUGGACGUGAACAACUAUGGCCCCAUCAUCCUGGCUGUGCACAGGACUCCGGAGAGCGUCAUUUACCCUUCCAUGUGCUGGAUCCGGGACUCCCUGGUCAGCUACGUCACCAACCUGGGGCUCUUCAGCCUGGUGUUUCUGUUCAACAUGGCCAUGCUGGGCACCAUGGUGGUGCAGAUCCUGCGGCUGCACUCACACACUCAAAAGUGGGUCCACGUGCUGACGCUGCUGGGCCUCAGCCUGGUCCUCGGCCUCCCCUGGGCCUUGGUCUUCUUCUCCUUUGCUUCUGGUACCUUCCAGCUCGUCAUCCUCUACCUCUUCAGCAUCAUCACCUCCUUCCAAGGCUUCCUCAUCUUCCUCUGGUACUGGUCCAUGCGUCUGCAGGCCCAGGGCGGCCCAUCCCCGCUCAAGAGCAGCUCGGACAGUGCGCGGCUGCCCAUCAGCUCCGGCAGCACCUCGUCCAGUCGCAUCUAGGCGCUGGCAGCAGACGGGCUCUUCUCGGAUUGCCUGUGACCUUCUGCCAGCGACAGCCCUUGGCCCGUCAGCAGCGACAUGCAGAGAACCAAGGACCUUGGAGGGAUGGGGCUGUCACCACAGGGACCAGACUCCUGGGCUCUGUCCUCUGAGUUGGCCCAGGGAUGACUUGGCGCUCGGGUACAGCUCCCAGAGGACUCAGGAGUAAGUUGCUGCACUGCGUGUGGGACUGCCCCCACAGCUGUCCCACCUGGACUGAGGCCUGGCUUGCCUUGCCACCCCUGGGCCCAGUCCUCAAUGCUGGGGGUUGGGAACCCACAGGUGGCCGGGUCAAGCCAUGGAUCAGGGAGGCCUGGUGGCAUCCUUCGUCCUGCCCCUGGCGGGCUCCGUGCAGGCUCGCUGUGGCCCCCGCCACGGCAAACUU